AUGUUUUGCCACGCGCUGCGACUGUGUCUGUUUGUACUGCGUGGGUAUACUUGCAGUAGCGAGUACGCGGAAUCGCAGAAACGCGACGGCGAUGUGGGAACGGCAGCCAGCUGCUUAUAUGUGUGCAGCAUCAUCACGCGAUUCGCUGGGCAUACAAGUAUUAGGCCACCGUUCGUGAUGGCGGGCGUCGCACAACCUAGUGCCAAACAUGCUUUUCGCUGCCGCCAUCUUUUUGGGCGAGAUUUGCAUGCUGUCAGCAGUCUGGAAUUGUCGCAGGGAGCCUGCGGUCUGCUGGAGAGAGAAUGGCUGCAGUCUGAGAAGCGCCCUUCGUGGCGCCAAAAAGCCAAGAUGCUCGGCUCGACGGCCUCGGGCGAACUAGAUGGACACAAGCUUGACAAGAUUGCUGGUUUGGCCUGCCUAGUCAGGGACGACACUGCAGUUCGGCACUGUUGUGGGCUGCAAUCCACUUCCUUGGCAAACCCUGUGGCCUCUAUAUCCAAGUACAGCACGGAGAACGGUAGCACGACCAGGAUCUCCGAAAGCAAAGUCUAA